AUGGAGGAAGCGAGGAGCUAUUUCCCACCCACAGUCAACGUGCGCCACCUCAACAACAACUGGCUCAGGAAAGCCAUGGAGGGAACGAAGUGGGAAGCUAUGAGGGACAAGGUCAAGGGCUCCAACAUUUAUGUCUUCGUGGAGACCGACAAGGACCUCAAGCCUUCAAUUCAGGCUUACAUGAAGAUCGAGAAGCAGUUCAAUCGGACGGCCAAGCUCGAUGUGCUCAGGGAGGAGUGGGCGGAUGACCUGACUUACGACCUCCAGCCCAUGAUCGGCGGAAUGAUGAGUGAAGAGUGGAACGUUAUGGAGCCAGCAGAUGUUGUGAAGCUCAAGGACUUCCCAACGAAGACGGAGCUCAUUGGACAGAUUGCGGGCUCCAUCAAGCAAGUCACCACCAAGCUCGCCGUCGGUGUCAAGCAGGUCCCAACCAAGCUGGCGAUCGGCCUCAAGAAGACCGUGGAGAAGGGCGAGGAAGCCGGCAAGAGACCGGGGCCCGGCAUGACCCGGCCCUGCGCAUCUGACGCAUCCUGCCAGGGGUUGGCGAAAGCAUGGAAGCGCUUGUCCCGCGCAGCAGUCUUCGGCUAUGCUAAGGAAUAA